CAGGUGAACGUCCUUUUAAAUGUGACUCAUGUGGACGACAAUUCAACCAUCGAAGCCACUUUAAUAACCAUCUGAGAAUUCACACUGGUGAAAAACCAUUCAAAUGUGAAACUUGUGGCAAACAGUUUUCUCGGAAAGCCAGUGUGAGGUACCAUAUGAAGGUCCACGGUGUCACCAUGACAGCUGAUGGUCAAACUACCAGCACAGUACAGACCAAUACUGUACAGAGCAGUACAAUUGACCAUGAACAGGUAAUUAACAGUAUAAGGUACCAUAAAUUCAUUGUGUCACGAUCAGUACAGAUACCUUCAUAGUACAGUACUGGCAAAAACUUCCAUUACAUUAUUAUUCAGUUCGCUCACCAUUGGGGCUUUUCAGUGACCGAUUACAUCAAGUAUUACGCUCAUGCUACUUACUUAGCCUGGACUAUUUAUCUUUACAACAAUUGAGAUGUAAUAUAUGAACAACGAGAGCGAGUGGGAUAUCCAAACACGAGAAAACAAUGUAUGAAAACUCAUGCGCGAACCGCGAGUGUUUUCAUACAUUGUUUUCAAGUGUUUGGAUAUCCCGGUGAGACACGAGCUCGAGUUGUUUAUAUGGCUUCUCAAAUGAAUCGAGACGUAACAGAAUGUUUUCGUUUGCUGAUUUGAAUCAGAAUUCUUAAUCAAGCAUAACGUAAUAGGCAAUUCCAGCUUUUAGUUUAUGCGUGCAGGGGACGAUGGGAAGUAAGGUACCACAUUGCUGAUUAUGCUGAAAAAAUAAAAAUGGUGGCUGUGUAAACACGGAGUGAUAGCUUACACUUGUAAAUAUUGAAAUAAUUCGGUUGCUUCGGUAGUUUUUAUUGAAAUUUUUCAGCAUAAUCAGCAAUAUGAUACCUUACUUCCCAUCAUCCCCUGCAGGCAUAAACUAAAAGCUGGAAUUGCCAAUUAGGAAUUCUAUUCAAGUAAUUUUGCAUGCGUAAUUAAGAUAUUUGAUGAAAACACUAGUGACUUUCAUCAAGUUUUACCGGGUUAUCCAAAUGGCAUCUUGUGAUCAAAUAGGUGAUUAUCAUUGGCUGAAUUGCUCAUAAAUUAUUAAUGAAUUUGAGAAAUUACUUUCCUAACUGUAAAUUGUGUUUACCCUAACCCACCCUGUCAGGGUACCCUGGGAGGAGCACCCGGAGAAAACCCACGACUUUCGGCAGAGCGUUGACUGACUCUUUUCACAUGAGUCCGUAGCGGGAAUCAAACCCACGAUCUCAGAGGUGGAAAAAGCGCUUGCUCUGAAGACUACGACCGUCACCGAAGCCCCAAAGGGAGGGAAGGGAGGUGCACAACGAUCUCAGGAGAGGUGUGCACCUCCCCAUACCUCCCCUUAAAAUCUGACCAUGGUUUUCUCGGUUAGCUUGGACCAUAUAAACAGACCUUAAUGAACCUUUACUUUUGUUUUGAAGGUGACUGCAGGUCAAGUUGUAAGCCAACUGACUAACGAGGCUGAUGUUCAGUUAGCUGAAGUUUUAGUGGCUGUCAGUGAUGCUCUGGUGGCAGCCAACCAAGAGCAAACCUCGAAUGAAGACGUACAGUUGAUACAGGAGGGUACUGAGGGACAAGCUAAUGCUGAUGGUAGUGUCCAAAUCUUGGAAACUGGUGAACAACAAGGCAUCGAGACGGAUAUGAAUGCUGAUCAAACUGUACCCAUUAUUACCAGUGAAGAGUCUGGUCAGGUGGGCUGAGUAUGAUUUCAUGUAUUGUAUACAGAAUGUUAGGGUUUGUAAUCCAAGUGAUUAUAUGUGAGAAUAUAUGCGUGAGAAUAUAUACAUUGUGAGAGUGAGAAUAUAUACAUUUUAAGACCUGACCAGGAACGACUUCGAAAAAUGCAGCACAAGGUCCUCUGGUAGGAAUUGUAUACAGCCUGCUUCGAUACAGACGAUGCUGCACAACUUGUUGUGCUGUGUUGUGUUGUGUUGUGUUGUGUUGUGUUGUGUUGUGUUGUGUUGUGUUGUAAAUCAAACUCCGCUCACAGAGGUAAAACAGUUACCCAUGUAAAAUACAUUUAGUAAAACACAUGCUUAUCUUUUUAGAUAAUUCAUAAUGCUCAAGUGAUAGAUGCCACUCAAUUAACUGAAGAGCAACUGAUGCAGGUAUUUUUUUAAAAUUCUUGGCUCUACUCUGCAGCUUGUCUUACUAUGAAAAAUCAAUGAAUUUCACUUGAAAAAUUAAUAGGUUGGCGAGAGCCGUGUGAUUGCGAUCAGAUGGGAAAUAGCCAGCGCAGUCAUCCGAUUUUCGGGGCAAUGCAAAUCGAUGUCACUGCUUCGGCUUCCGUGUGAAUUCAAAAGAAAAUGGGCAACCGCCCUCCCUUUCCCCCAAGAAGCUUAUCCAGCCUAUUGUAGAUGCAAGGUUUGCAAAAAUCUGUUCACAAGCCAUCAACAAGUUGUGUUCGCACUGCUUGUUCCCAGUUGUUGUAACAAGUUUGGAACAAGCUGUUAACAACUUGUCACAAGCUUGAUGGCAUUAUCAGACUUGUUACAAGGUUGUUCUAACAAGUCUGAUAAAGUCAUGAUAUAACAAGAAUGUUACAAAGUUAACGACACAAGAUUGUGACAAUAUUGUUAUAUCAUGAUUGUAUCGGACUUGUUGGAACAACUUUGCAACAAGUCUGAUCAUAUCAACAAGGUUGUUACAAAUUGUUCACAGCUUGUUUCAAACUUGUUGACAACUUGGGACAAGCAGCGCGAACACAACUUGUUGAUGGCUUGUUGGCAGACUUGCUACAAGAUGUGAGAUUUUUACGUUUGUACGCGUGCUUUAAAUAAACACGUAAAAUUCUCAUAUCUUUUGGCACGUUUGCCAACAAGCCGUCAACAUGUUGUGUUCUCACUGCUUGUCCCAAGUUAUCAACAAGUUUGGAACAAACUGUUAACAACUUGUAACAACCUUGUUGAUAUUAUCAGACUUGAUAUUUGUGAUGUUACUCUGAGUGUAUAUCCACACAGGGCGAGCUUGAAAAAUACAAAUAUCAUAUUCACCUGAGUACACAACACCAACACAGAAAAAAUCAUUAUCAGACUAGUGUUGCAAGGUUGUUCCAACAAGUCUGAUACAGUCAUGAUAACAAUAUUGUUACAACCUUGUGUCGUCAACCUUGUAACAUUCUUGUUAUAUCACGAUUGUAUCAGACUUGUUACAUUGAUAUCAUUUAUGUAAACCAGAGUAGCGAGCGAAACAUGAUUGAUAUACCUGGUUGCAGUGCAUCAAGCUUGUUACAAGUUGUUAACAGCUUGUUCCAAACUUUUUACAACAACUGGGAACAAGCAGUGCGAACACAACUUGUCGACAGCUUGCGAACAGAUUUGUAAUAACCUUUUUGCAGACUUGUAACAACUUGUGCGUUUUUACGUGGGUAGUACUUAAAGAUUUAAAUAUUUUCCAGGUGAGCAAUAUCACGAAUGUUCAAACGAGCGAGGGCCAGUUGAUUGCCAUGAAUGUAGAAGAUGCCCACGUGAUCGACCCGAGCCAACUGCAUGCUCUCAGCGUGAUCGCAGAGGCAGCCAAAGGCAAUCAAAUCCAUAUCCCAGAUAUCAUUGCGGCCGCAGCAGCAUCCGGCGUGAAUAUCACAACAUCUGAUGACGUCGAUCAUAUUGUCGCUGUCCAGGCUGAAAAUGGACAGCAAGCGCAUGUGGAAAUACAACAAGAAAUGCAAGAAGGCGUGGUUACCACUAACCAAGAGGAACAGCCAAUGGAAACAGCAUGAGUGAUGACGUAUGGUUGCUGGCUUUUGAUCUAUUAUGACGACUGGACUACACGAGCUAAUAAUGCUUAUAGCUAUAUAUUCCAUAGCGGUACGAAGAACACUUAUCCGAUACGGAAUGUACAACUUUCAAAAGCUGCAGUAAUAGACAAUUCCCAUUAUAGACUUAAUUUUAAAACUAGGCAAGGAGAUGCAAAUAAAUCACCACAACUAGAAAGAGCAUGCUACAAUUAGUAAAAUUACAAAGUUUGGUUGCGAAAUGUUGUAAAAUGCGGAAAAUAUAGCCUUGCAAAGUUCGCAAAUUUUGUCAAUUUCCGCACGCAAUACAAAAGUAUACAAAAUUUGCCAACUUUGCAAGGCUAUAUUUUCCACAUUUUACAACAAUUCGCAACCAAACUUUGUCAUUUUACUAAUUUUAGUAUGCUCUUUCUAGCUGCGGUGAUUUAUUUGCAUCUCCUUGCGGCUAGUUUUGAAAUUAGUCUAUAAUGGGAUUGUCUAAUCCUCUGAAAAUAGCGUUCCUAAAAGAUAGGGAUAGGUGUUUUUUCACGUCGCCACGGAAACCUGCUUAAGUGAUAAUGCAAAUCAGCUUGAAAAACAAUCGUGUUUUGGAAACGUCUUUGACAAUAAAACUUCUCGUUAUUAAAUACGAAAUUUUCGCUUCGUUUAAUUCGUAAAAGUGUAACGUUUUAUAAAGACAUCGGGAGCGUUUUGCUCAUAGUAAAGGCUGUGUAUUUCUAGCCAUUUGUAUAUCCGUUGUUCCAUUAACAUCCAAAUAUAUUGUUUGCCAACUUACCAACACAGAAAAAAUCAUGAUUACUAGAUUACACUGAUAUCGAAGGAACUAGACUCAGUUCCGAAAUAUCGCAUA